AAACUGAUGCAAUGGGCGUGCAUGUUAUAUACGGUAUAUUUUUAUAAAUAUAGGAUCGACUGUACUGUGCUGAGCUCAUUCCUUUGUAUUAGAACAAAAAAACUCCAAGUCCUUUAUCAAAUUAUUCCAGGUAAAAAAGUAAUUGUCCAAAAUGCGGUACAGUUUCAAUAAUUCGUCCCUUGUUUUACCGGUAUCUUACCAUCCCUCCCUAGGCCCUCCCCGGACCUUGUAAUUCAACAAAGGUUUGUAGCCAUAUCAUUGAUUGCCCCCCCCCCCCCCCCCGUUCUAUAUAACAUGUGAAAUAUUUGAAUGGCCCUCAGGCCCUUGUAUCCAUUACUCAAAUCACCGUCGCUCAAAUAUACGAGCAUUCCAAAUGGGCGUGCGAGCGUCAACGGUAAUAUUUAAAACGCCGUCAUAACCUCAAUUUUAAUAACAAGACUAAAAAUGAGCGUGAAUUCGAAAUUAAACAUCUUAGCGUCGCCUAGGUACACUAGGGCGAUGAAAAAGAAAGUCGGUGAAAUAUUAAAUCCAACGUCCGAACGUUCACCAGACGGUGUAAAAGGAGCAGAAAUGGUAAAAGCCGCGGUAAAAAAGCGGCCUCCGAUUAAGGUCGAAUACGAAAAUUUGCACGGGAAAAAAAUGAAAAUAUCCCCAACAACAGAAAGUAAAAAAACGUCAACCAGCGGCGGAUGGGAACCGAAAGAUUGGCGUGUUAUUUUAGCAAACAUUCAGGAAAUGCGGAAAAAUAUCACUGCUCCUGGUGACGAAAUAGAACGCCACGACGGCCCUCAGCCAAAUGCUACUCUCAGGUUCCAAACUCUGAUUGGUACGAUGCUGAGCAGCCAAACCAAGCAAGAAAUAACUCAUGCAGCGAUGAAUAGACUCAGAGAUCACGGUUGUACACCGGCUAAUAUUAAACGGACACCUGAUGAAAUAUUAGGAAAAUUAAUACGUCCAGUUGGUCUCUGGAAGCGAAAGGUGCUAUAUAUAAAGAAGACAGUAGACAUUUUGCUGGCAGAGUACGCAGGAGAUAUACCAAGGACUAUUGAUGAUUUGUGCAAACUUCCUGGUGUUGGGCCCAAAGUGGGUCAUCUCUGCAUGCAAUUAGCAUGGGGUAAAGUUUGUGGAAUUGUUGUAGACACGCAUGUGCAUCGUUUGUCUAAUCGGCUUGGCUGGGUACAGAAUCCAACAAAAAUACCAGAAGAGACGAGAGCCCAGUUAGAAUCAUGGCUUCCGAAAGAGGAAUGGUUUGACAUAAACCGCACUCUAGUCGUGUUUGGUCAAACGAUCUGUAACCCAUUAAGACCAAAAUGUAUCGAGUGUUUGAACAAAGAUAUUUGUCCUUACAGUAAAAAGAAUGGCAUCAAAUGAUUUUCCUGGAACGGAUAAAGAGAAGGGUCAGACAGGUGAACGUAAUUAAGUUAGUAGGUACAAGAAGUGGUCCAAAGAUUGAAGAUUGCGAUCUUUUAUCAUUUAUUUUAUAUUUAUAUUUGAGCAGUUUAUGCAUUCACUUGCAUGCUACUCAAACAGCAGCUGUUGAAGUACAAUAAGAGUAUAUUCUAGAUAUGACGUUUUGCUGUUUCAAGUUGUUAGGAAUCAGUAUUACGUACUUUAUAAAGUACUGUGACCUAUUCAAGAAGUUUCGUACAUUUCAUUGUUGCUUUAUUAUCCUUGUUAUUAGCAGUCAGAUCACCUACACGAGGAAUUGGUGCCAUCUGUUACUUAUCAAAGUAUUUUUUUAAGUUCUUUAUUUUUUUAGCAGUACUGUAUCGUGAGUUACUGAGAAAAUCCGACGUCAUUCGUUAUUAUAUUUUUCAUAAAUGGAGUUAGAAUUGUACUAUGGUGAAAAAGGUACGACGAUAAUAAAAAUGCAUAUAAUUUAUUAUAAAUACGAAUUCCUUUAUUACAUUUUGCUCAUUCAUUCAGAUUAGAAACAGAACUUACUGGAUAUUUGAAAAGUCUUGUUUUAAUAUUUAAUUAUGAAUAAUCUCCAUUAAUUUUAUGACAACGGUGUGCCAGUGGAAAGUAGGGCGAGAAGCCCACUGGCUGUACCAAUGGAAAUGGUGUAGUUUGCAGCUGGGGAGAAUGUCCUUAAAAUGUAGAAUGAUAAGAGAAUAA